GAGGAACAUUGUAUUUUACAAACAGAAUCUAAUCUAGUUUAUAAUCCAUUAAACAGCAAUUGGGAACUCAUAAUCUGUCCGUAUUACUUACUUCACCUUUAAAAAGUUUUCCAAUGAAAUUCAAAUUCAAAAAUACUUUAUUGGUCCCAAAGGGAAAUCAAUGAAAUAAAAUUUGGUAUGUUUGUUUAGUAGCUGGAUAAUAUUAUUUAAUAAAAUUAACCACYAACAUUAAAUGUGAUUACACAUGGACUGAAGUUCUCAUGUUAUCAUUGUGUAUAGUUUCUUCAAAAAGAAGUUACAAACUACUUUAAUGAAGAAAAAAAUCUAUGUUAAAAAAUGUCGCAAAGUUUUAAACCAGGUUUUAUGUCAGGAUUCAAAACAGGGUUUAAAACUAGAAAAUUGUCUCAAAUGUAACUAAAAAUAUUCCAAUCUGACAUUUUUUAUCCACUUGUCCUUCUUCUUGGGUUAAAGUGGGAACAGAUUUAUCUCCCAGUUUGAGAUAAUCUUCAAUAUUCACAUUUUAAAAUAUAUUUUAAAGUUGUUAAUUAACCUAAGAAACUCACUAUAUCUGUUCAGCUAAAGCAGAACACUUUCGAGGUGGACUGUUUGUUUCGGUCGGACAUGAAUUAAGGUAACAAGCAGUUGUUUACAUCGGAAAUAGCGCAGGCUGUUCGGAAAAUUAAUUAAUUUUGUGGCUUUGAAGCUACGACUGGGUCCAACAUCUGGUCUUUAUCAAGUAUCUAACUUAUCUGUACGAUGUCCUGAUGGUUCGGGAUGUUAGUUGGUUACAGCAGCAGCUCGGAGGAGGACGGUGAACCCGGAAGUGAAGCGAGGAGUCGAAAUAGCCGAAGAUCAGUGGAGGAAGAUGAGGGAAGCCGAGACCUUCCAGCCAAGAAGAAAGCCAGGACUGAGGAGCUGGAUCCUAAAACGAGACUGCCUCUGCCCGGUUGCCUCCUGAGCAUGUUCCCUGAUGACGACGAUGAAACACUGACUGAAGACAGCUCCCUUCAUGGUGGACGCAUCCGCUCCUUCAAGCACGAGAGAGGAAAUUGGGCCACUUAUGUUUAUCUGCCUUACCAUCCUGAGGAGGAAUUUGAGGAGCUUUUAGAGGAGUUGCUGUCAACUUUGGGGGCUCAUGGUCCGAUACUGACGCAGCAGGAGGAGUUCCACCUGAGUCUGUCUCAGACGGUGGUGCUCAGGCACCACUGGAUCCAGCCAUUUACACAAAGCCUCCAGUCGGGCCUCUCUCAGUGCAGAAGGUUUGCGUGUUCAGCAGCUACGCUGAAGGUCUACUGCAACGCUGAGAGGACAAGGACCUUUUUGGGGAUGGAAGUGUCCACCGGUCACGCUCAGUUGUUGGAUCUGGUCCGAGUUAUCGACAAAACAAUGACCGAGUUUCAAUUGGACACUUUUUAUAAGGAACCAUCUUUCCACGUGAGUCUGGCCUGGUGUGUGGGAGACCAGACGGAGAAGAUGAAGGAACUCCUACAGGAGCUGCAGGUGCUCAGAUGUUGUUAGUUGUUGUUAGUGGAUGAAGUUCUUGGACUACUUUUGUCCUUUUUAUUGCAGCAGCAGCAUAAUCUCACACUAAAAACUCUUUAACUAAAUCCAAUUGUUUGAAAAAUAGACUUUUUAUCA